CUAUUCUCUCUCUCUCUCAUAGCUUCCACAAAAAUGAGCAGAGAGAUUUUUCACGCAUCGCCUAAUAAGGGUCUGAAUUUCCGGGUAUGGUACCUUUCACUCUCUCUCUAACACCCUCUCUCUCUCUCUCUAACACCCUCUCUCUCUCUCUAGAUUCACUAAUUUCUCUGCGAAUCAUCAGAUCUAGUUUCCAUUAGAAAAGCUCUCUAAAUAAAGCAGGAGUUUGAUUCUUCUGAUUUAAUAAUUGGACGCAUUCGUCCCGUUUAUUUGAAACAUUCAAGAAUUCUCUCUCUUUCUCUCUCUCUCUCUCUCUCUCUCUACAUUCCUGUAAAUUUUCAGAGGAUUGGAUGGUAUUGAUAUUUGUUUCUGAGGAAUAGUAUUUAUUACUAUAUUUUAGAGCAUCUAAGGUGAGUAGUGAAUAAUCAGAUUUUUGCUUUUAGGACACUGUAACUUGGCCUUGGAAAUUUUUUCUCAGAGAGAGAUAAUGAUCCCAAAUUUUGAUGAAUUUGGAUGCCAGAUCUAGUGAGAGAAACCCCAAUUCUUUGCCAUUUGUUUUCACAGUUUGUUACUUUCAAUGCCCCACAUUACAAUAGAAACCUCCAUUUUUGAAUCAGACAGUUGUUUAGAGUGAGAAACCUGGUUUCCUUGUAAAAUGCUAAUGCCUAUUCAUGAUUUUGAAGUUGGGUCUUGAGAGAGAAACCUAUUUGUAGGGUUUGUAUGUUCUCCUUUGAGAAACAAUGGUAAGAGAGUGCAGUAUCAAAUCGUUCUAUGACCAAUUAAAAUCCUCUGCAUCUCUUUCUCUCUCUAACCCUUUGCUCAUCUUCCCUUCCACUUCAGAUGCCGACUCUCUAUGUGCUCUUAAGAUCAUAACCCAUGUCUUAGCUUCUGAUUCCAUAAGGUACUCUUGCUACCCCAUCUCUAGUUUUAGAGAGAUAGAAGAAGUUUCAAACCAGCUUCUUCAAUCUUCUGACCAACCCAUCUCUGCACUCUUCAUCAAUUGGGGUUGCCACAGAGAUCUUCGUCGAAUUUUGAACUUGGGUCCUCUGGUACAAAUAUUUGUAGUUGAUAGCCAUCGGCCAAUUCACCUUCACAAUCUCAGUGAAAGCAACAAACAUGUUGUUGUUUUAUACACUAAGGAAGAUGAACAGGCAGAUUUGGCCUAUGAUUUUGAUGUAUCAGCUCUUGCCAAUGCUGCUGAUCUAGAUAGUGAUGAUGAAUUAGAGAGAGAGGGAGAGGGUGAAGAUAGUGCAGAGUCAGAGAGUGAUGAGGAGGAUAACAGGAGUAGAAAGAGAAAGAAGGUCUCUGAUAAAACUGACCCAAUGCGGCUCUUUCAAAGACUGAAAGUUGAGUAUUACAAAUUGGGUACCUUUCAUGGAAGGCCUUCAGGUUGUCUAAUGUUUGAUAUUGCCCACAUUUUCAGAAAGAACACGAAUGAGCUUCUAUGGAUGGCUUGUGUCUCUCUGGCCGAUCAGUUUGUUCACGAGCGGCUUACAAAUGAAAGGUACCAAGCCAGUGUUAAUGAGCUCGAGCAACAUAUUAACAGUUCAGGAAAUCUCGAUGCGAUCACCUCGGUAACUCUAAAAGAUGGGACUAAAAUCAAAGCGCCUGAUGCUUCGAGAAUUUCAUAUGAAGAUGAGCCAAGGCUUAUGUUAUUGAGAGAAUGGACCCUUUUUGAUUCGAUGCUUUGUUCCUCCUAUGUUGCCACAAAGCUCAAGACUUGGACUGAUAAUGGGGUGAAGAAAUUGAAGCUCCUUUUGGCAAGGAUGGGGUUUCCUCUUGUUGAUUGCCAACAAAAAUUUCAGUACAUGAGCAUGGAAGUUAAGCAAAAGAUGAAGGAUGAGUUUGAGAGGUUCUUGCCUGAAUGUGGGCUAACUGAUUUUUAUUACAGGAGCUUUCUCAGGCUUCAUGGCUAUAGCUCGAAGGUCUCGGCAGCUGAUGUGGUUUAUGGGGUAACUGCUUUGCUUGAGUCCUUUACUAAGACCAAGGAUUCAUGUGCUGAGAGGUUCUGGGUUGCUUACUCUGCUCUUUCUCUAAACAAUCUUGAAGAGUUGAGGAAGGGAAUGCAAAUUGCAAUUCAGAUACAGAGGGCGAUAUUAAGGCAGGGAAGCUCGGCAGUUACAAAGAGUGGGUUCAUCAGGAGCUGUAGGAAAUUCAGGUGGGUGAAACUUGGAGAUGCUUUAGAUGCCAAAUUGUUGGGAUAUCCUCAAGCCUUGACGAAAUUCUGUUUUUUUCUUAUUGAUGCACUUAGAGAGAAGGGGGCAGCAAUGAAACCCAUGAUAUGUAUUUGCAGAAUGGCUGAUCCCGAAAAGGCUCUGGUAGUUGGAGUGGCUGGUAGGCCAAGGCUUGGGGCUCUCCAAGCCAAUAGCUUUGGAAUUGCCUUUAGGGCGGCUGCUGAGGAUAUUGGGGGUGAGUUUUCCCAUGAGUUGUUUGAGUCCUCAUGGAUUGUAUUAGACACAGUCGCUGUGAAUUCUUUCAUGACCAAGAUCUUAGAGAAACUAUGAUACACUCACAUUAGUCUCUCUCUCUCUCUCUCUCUCUCUCUCUCUCUCUCUGUAUUGUUAACUUGAGGUGUUCUAUUGCUGCUGAUGAAAUGUUGAUUCAUGUGUAGUGGCUCA